AUGUCCACCCCAACCUCCCCCGUCCCCCUCUGGAUCAACAACCAACCCAUUCUCACCACCUCCACCUUCCCAGUCAUUCAAGCCUCAACCGGCCAAACAGUCCAGCACGCCUGCUCCGCCUCCGCCACCGACGCCACCAACGCCGCAUCUUCCUCCUGGACUGCCUUUCAAUCCUGGCGCGACAGUACCCACGUGGAGCGCCGAGAUCUCAUCCUGCGUGUCGCAGACUACUUUGCCUCAAAUUUAGACGACUUUGUAGCCUGCCAGAUCCUCGAGACGUCAUGCACGAAGGAAUGGGCCAAGAACAAUGUCAACGGGUCAAUAUCGUACCUGCGAGAAAUCGCGGCGCAGGUAUCAAGUGUCACGGGCACGAUUCCACCGAUUGAAAAGCCGCGCACGCUGGGCUUUGUGUUCAAGGAACCGAUAGGCCCGGUGCUCUGCAUUGCGCCGUGGAAUGCGGCGUUGAUUCUUGCGACAAGGGGGAUUGCGAGCGCGAUCGCUGUGGGGUGCACAGUGGUGUUCAAAGCGAGUGAGAUAUGCCCCAAGACACACGCAGGCAUCGUCAAAGCAUUCGUGGAUUCUGGGUGUCCGGCGGGCGUGCUGAAUCAGUUGCAGACGAAGAGGGAGGAUGCGGCGGAAGUUACGGAGGCGUUGAUCGCGCAUCAGGCGAUGAGGAAGGUAGAGUUCAUUGGAAGUGCAGCGGUGGGGAGGGUGAUUGGGCAGGUCGCGGCGAAGUAUCUGAAGCCGGUGGUUAUGGAGUUAGGUGGGAAGUGUCCGGCGAUUGUGCUAGACGAUGCGGAUGUGGCGGAGGCGGCGAGGCAGUGUGCAUUGGGUGCUGUCAUGCAUCAUGGUCAGAUCUGCUUUAGUACGGAGAGGAUUAUUGUGCUGGAGGGUAUUGCGCGCAGAUUUCAGGAGUUGUUGGUGGAGCAGAUGCAGGGGCUGGAGGAGGUUGCAGGCAGUGCGGUUAGUGAUUCGAUUGCACGGCAUGCGGAGGAUGUGGUCAAAGAGUGUGGAGAUAAGACUAUUGUCGGAGGGGUAGAUGGUACCGCAAAGAGUCCCAGCCUGAAGCCUACGAUUGUGCUCAAUCCAGAGCCUUCCGAGCGCAUAUUUGACGAGGAGACCUUCGGACCAUCAGCGUCGUUGUACGUGGUCAAAGAUGAUGCCGCGGCUAUCGAGCUUGCCAACAGAUCCUCCUACGGCCUCAACGCGACAGUCUGGACAAAGGACAUGAGCCGUUUCAUGAAGAUCGCCCGACAGCUUGAAUACGGCCAAGUCCAUGCCAACACCAUCAGCAUCUACACCUCCCCAACCGGAAGCCAAGGCGGCGUCAAGGGCAGCGGUUUCGGGCGGCAGAACGGCAAAUGGGGCUUGAACGAAUUCGUAGUGGACAAGUUCGUCAGCUGCACCCCAUACCUCCUCUCCUUCCCAAACACCCUCCCACCCGGCGGCCGCAAACCCUGCCUACUCGGCGGUGGGGGCGCAGGCAAUUCCUUCUCCGUGACAAUCUCAUCCAGCCCAUUCGAGCGCAAGGAUCGCAUGUGGUACGAAUCGCCCGCGGCCGACGAGGAGUCAAGUUUCUUGGCAGCGCGAGCUUGUGCGGCGGCCGAGGGACGCGGGUACGAGUUUGCCUGCGAGGGGCUGGCGAAGACGCGCGGGAACAUGCGGUUCAUGAGCGGUUUGCAGCCGGGGAGACAGCCGCAGGCGACGCCGACGCCGGACUCGACGGACAUGAUUAUGAAAGUGGAUGCGCCGUGCCCUGGGGGGUGUUAG